AUGAUAGAAAGCGACAACAAUUCAAAGUUUGCGGUUGAGGUGCGCGUUCUACGUGAGCAGCUUCAAGCUCGCGAUACAGAGGUGACUUUGCUUCUGGAGCAAGUGGCAGCGUUGACGACGCAGCUUCACGAGACAUCGGGUGAACUUGAAUGUCGCAUGACUUUUGUGGCUGACGCCGUCACCCGUAUCGAUGACCUUGAGUCACAGGUUGCCGAAGCUAAGCGCGGUCUCUUAACACACGAAAUGCAGCUAUUUGAAGGUCGUCAACGAGAAACAGCGCUCGAAACGUUGUUGUCAGGCAAAGAAAAGCAAGCCGAACACUGGGAGAGCGAGAUCCAUCGAAAGGAAUCCGAACUCGAAGUUCAAAAGGCUGCAGAACGUGAAUUCAAGCUACUAGUUGAGAUGAAAAACAAUGAUGUGCUAGCUUGGAAGGCGAAAGCGCAAGCAGUCAUGACCGUAGUAGAUGAGCUAAAGUCGCAUAUUACGAAUGCUCGCACAAAGAAGCGUGAAGUCAUAGCCACCUUGCGUCAGCAGAUUGGGUCUUGGAAAGCUCGGGUAGCCAAACGCGAGUUGACGAUUGAAUCGCUGCAAAGGCGAUGCCAAGAUCUUGAAAGAGUAGUGGACCGUAUCGAGCGGGAGCGUACAUUGGAGCAAGAUGCACACGAAAAAAACAAACUUGCUUAUGAUCAGCAAGCGCUGAUAGUGGUGCUACGAGAAAAGGUCGAAAAGGCGAAAAAGAAAGAGCAACUUUUACAAACGAAAAUUAUUCGUUUACGUGAAGAAGUGUUACUCAGCGAAUCGCAGCGUGAGACCGACCACCGUCGCCAGGAGCAGCUUGUAGAGGGCAAGGAAAAGGAAGUUGCAUUUCUCUGGCAAAAAUAUGUUGAAAGCUUGAAAAUUACUGCAUAG